CUUCAGUACGGUUUUUGAUAUUUUUGCGCAAGCAACGGUGCUGAUGCGCUGCGUCUCGAGCGCACGAAAGUAGCUCAGAUGACAAUGGAAAGACAACGCUGAAAAAAUGUGUUUCAAGCAAGCAAAUUAAAAAAGCAAAAUAUAAUUCGAUUGCAAAAGUGAAAUGUGAAAUGCAUUAGCGAGUGACGAAAACUGGUUUAAAGCAGUUGGAAAAUGAAAACGAACUUUUGAGUUGAAUUCUUUUAAAUUUUUCGAAAAGGAAUGGGAGACUGCAAUAAAACAAAAUAAAUACUCAAAAACUCUUUGCAUACAUUUAGGCGCUUUGCCGCCACAACCAACUACCAAGUCAAUGACACAAGUCAACAACGCAAAAAAUAGUGGCACACGUACAACUACAAGCAUCCAGCAAGCAUAACAACAACAAAAACACACACACACUCAACGGUAAAACGUGCGCAAGGCGAACGUCAGCGCUGCACAACAUUUGCGCUCUCAAGCGCGCGCUCAGCUGGCGCGCGACAAACUCUCAGUUGCGGCGCGCCGCUGUCAAUUAAGGGCCAAGAGCCUUCAUGCUACGCUGCCAGCUGUCACUUAUUGCUGACGUUUACUCGCCACUUGUAACAGACUUUUAGUACAUCGGUUUAGUACACAACUGGCGUAGACGUCACAGCAAAGGCACUAAUAAAAGGCAACAACAGAAACGAAACGCGAAGGAGCGCAACACAAAGUUACCAACAACAACUAAACAAAAUAAACAAUAGAACAUAAAAAAAGCGAAAUUCACGAAGCGUGCAGAAAGCAAGUGCAGCGAAAAUAGGCGGUAACCGCUGCUGCAACCGGCUCUAGGGCAAAUACAACACAACAUACCAGAUACAUAUAUGCGCUCCUCGUAAAAAUCUUUCACACGCCUGUAGUUAUGCAUUGAAAUUCAGCGGAAGGACAAUCAUUUGUUUAUGAGUGUGUGCGUGUGUGUGAGCGUAUUUGAACUAUUUAAUUCUUUUAAACGCUAUUCAAUGCAUUUGAUCGCCCAUAAAAUACGCACAGUGUAGAGAAUGUCGUCACUACGCAAUUUAGCCACUUUUUGGCUAAAUUGCAAAUUUGUUUGCCUUUUGAUUGUGUUUUUGUUGCUGUGCGAGAGUGUCGUUCAGGUGCACGCGAAUCCGGAUGCCAAACGACUCUACGAUGACUUGCUCAGCAAUUACAAUCGCCUCAUACGACCUGUCAGCAAUAAUACGGAUACUGUUUUGGUAAAGCUCGGAUUGCGACUGUCACAGCUGAUCGAUUUGAAUUUAAAAGAUCAAAUUUUAACAACUAACGUUUGGCUCGAACACGAAUGGCAGGAUCACAAAUUUAAGUGGGAUCCUUCGGAGUAUGGCGGUGUAACGGAAUUGUAUGUGCCAUCGGAGCAUAUCUGGCUGCCGGACAUAGUGCUCUAUAAUAACGCCGAUGGUGAAUACGUUGUCACCACCAUGACAAAAGCCAUCCUUCAUUACACGGGCAAGGUGGUUUGGACUCCGCCGGCCAUUUUCAAAUCAUCCUGUGAAAUUGAUGUGCGCUAUUUUCCGUUCGAUCAGCAGACAUGUUUCAUGAAAUUCGGUUCGUGGACUUACGAUGGUGAUCAGAUUGAUUUAAAGCACAUCAAUCAAAGGAACGACAAAGAUAACAAAGUCGAAAUCGGCAUAGAUCUGCGUGAAUAUUAU